AUUACUUUACUGGAGAUACAGUAUUAAAAUCAAAAUUAAGAUUAAAGCAAGUAACAAAAUCACAAAAAAGAAGAUGUUUAGAUUUGGAGACAAAAAACAACCGCAGAUUUCAUCUUACCACUUUUGAGGGAGGGGUUACACGGUCCAGCUGCACUCAGACUAUGACUUUGGAAGGAGAGAUGAUGGAAAUGGAGUACCAACAGUGAACAACAACAGCUUUUAAAGACUACUACUACUUCUUCUUCUUCUUCUACUUAUAUGAGUGAAAUCAUCUUCAUCAUCAUCAUCAAUUAGUCUGUUCUUUUGUAUUACUGAGACAAGAGGAAACCAGAGAGAGAAAUAGAAAGACAAGUUAAGAAGAGAUGCUCAACCUCAAGAUGGAGGUGCUGCUGCUCUUCUGUGUCGCCUUCUCCUGCAUUUUUCAAUCUAAUCUUCUGCUCAUCAAUGGGGAUACAGAUCAAAAGGAUGCUGCUGCUCUUGGGGUUAUGUACACCAGCUUGAACUCACCACAACAGCUAACAGGAUGGAUUGCAAAUGGUGGAGACCCUUGUGGAAUUGGGAUCAAUUGGAAAGGUGUUACCUGCACCGGCACAUCCGUUACAGCACUAAAAUUAUCAGGUCUUCAACUGAAUGGAAAUGUGGGAUACAAUUUGCAAGAUUUGAGUUCAUUGAAGGAACUGGAUUUGAGCAACAAUAAUCUUGGAGGCAGUAUACCAUACAGUCUUCCUCCAAACCUUGAAAGACUAAAUCUUGCCAAAAAUACUUUCAAUGGAGCUAUUCCCUAUUCCAUUUCUCUAAUGGCAUCUCUUAAAUACCUAGACCUCAGUCAUAAUCAACUGCAAAACCAAUUGGGCGACUUAUUCAACAACCUUCCUGAACUUAUCACAUUGGAUGUCUCUUUUAAUGCCCUAAAUAGCAACCUUUCUCAGAGUCUUAGCGCACUGCCAAGUGUGAAGAACAUAUAUCUGCAAAAUAACCAAUUCACGGGUACACUUGAUGUCCUUGCAAAUCUUCCCCUGGAAAAUCUGAAUGUGGAGAAUAACCAAUUUAUUGGUUGGGUUCCUGCCCAGUUAAAAGGCAUAAAGAGCCUCAAGACCGGUGGUAAUCAAUGGUUCUCAGGGCCUGCACCGCCAGCACCACCUGGGCCACCUCGACGCGCCAAGCCAAAACCGAAAUCUGAUGACAAUGGCAAGGACAAAUCUGAUUCUAACGGAGAUGGGAAGAAAUCAGGCCUUGGAGCUGGAGGUAUAGCUGGAAUAAUUGUAGCACUUUUGGUUGUUGGGUUAGCAGUGGCAUUCAUUUUGAUAAAGAAGAAGAAAUCCAAAAAGUCAUCUACAGAUAUUGAAAAGCACGAAGAAGAUCAUCACUUCACUCCUCUCGCUUCAAAUGAAGUUAAAGAAAUGAAGUCUAUGCAGGCCCCCUCAGAACCUGCCAAAAAGACAUUUGAAACUACUUCUGCAGCAGUGAACCUUCGACCUCCACCUAUUGAACGACUCAAAUCAUUUGAUGAAGAAGACUAUUCAACAAAACCUGUUGUGGUAAAGAAAGCGAAUGCCGCUCCCAUUAGUGCCACAGUUUACUCCAUAGCGGAUCUGCAGAUGGCUACAGCUAGCUUCAGUGUAGAUAACCUCAUCGGAGAGGGUUCUAUUGGACGUGUUUAUCAAGCUCAAUUUGAUGACGGGAAGGUUCUUGCUGUGAAGAAAAUAGAUUCAUCUGCUCUGCCAAACCAAUCAUCAGGAGAUUUCUUGGAGAUUGUAUCAAGCAUCUCUCGGUUGCAUCAUCCAAAUGUGACCGAGCUUGUGGGAUACUGUUCUGAGCAUGGACAACACCUUUUAAUCUACGAUUUUUACAAGAAUGGGUCACUUCAUGAUUUCUUGCACCUCUCAGAUGAAUAUUCUAAACCAUUGACAUGGAGUUCCCGCGUCACAAUUGCUCUAGGAACUGCACGAGCACUAGAGUAUUUGCAUGAGGUUUGCUCACCAUCCAUUGUUCAUAAGAAUUUCAAGUCCGGCAACAUCCUGCUGGAUUCGGAACUCACCCCUCACCUCUCAGAUUGCGGAAUGGCAAGCUUUGUCCAAAAUGCAGAUCAUCAGGGAUUAGACAUAAACACAGGUUCUGGAUAUAGUGCACCUGAAGUUGCUAUGUCUGGCCAAUAUACCUUAAAGAGUGACGUUUACAGUUUUGGAGUCGUCAUGUUGGAGCUUCUCACUGGUCGUAAACCCUUUGACAGCUCAAGAUCAAGAUCCGAACAAUCUUUGGUUCGGUGGGCAACACCUCAGCUCCAUGACAUUGAUGCAUUAGAUAAAAUGGUCGACUCGUCACUGAAAGGACACUACCCUCCUAAAUCCCUCUCACGAUUCGCUGACGUGGUUGCUCUCUGUGUCCAGUCUGAGCCAGAGUUCCGACCACCAAUGUCAGAGGUUGUACAGGCACUAGUACGACUAGUGCAAAGAGCUAACAUGAGCAAAAGAAAUCUCGGAGAAGAUCGACGAUCAGAAGACCCAGAUGUUGUGCAGGAUGACAUGUAUUAGAGAAUUGCCUUUUGCAAUCUUCUUUUUUUAUAGGCUUUGAAUUUUUUGUUGAUACUCAUUUUCAUUUUUUUAAUUUAUACAAAGGGGAAGGGGGAGUGUUCAUCUACUGGAGAUAUUGAAAAUGUUAUAUAUUGUGUUGUAUCAUUUGUUUUCCUUUCUUCGACAAAGCGGAAAACCAAGGUUCUUCUCUUUUCUAACUCUGGUUCUUGUUUGUAACAGCCAUGAAAUAAAAGUUACACAUCCC